AUGUCUUAUUAUGUACUCAUUUGGAUGGCUUUGGGAAUCUCUUGGCCACCGGCUACACGAAUGGUGUUUGUUGGCACUACCACCACUACUUCGUCCACAACCAGCACCUCAAGCACCAGCAGCUCAAGCACCAGCAGCUCAAGCACCAGCACCAGCAGCACCAGCAGCACCAGGAGCACUAGCACAUUGAGCUACACCAGCACAAGCAGCACCACCAGCAGCACCAGUAGCACCACCACCAGCACCACCAGCACCACCAGCACUAGCACAAGCAGCACCAGCAGCACCAGCACCAGCAGCACCAGUAGCACCACCACCAGCACCACCAGCACCAGCACAUUGAGCCACACCAGCACCGCCACCAGCAGCACCAGCAGCACCACCAGCAGCACCAGCACUUCCACCUCAUCGACUAGCACAAGUAGCAGCACUUGGAGUACCACCAGCUUCAGCAGCAGCUCCAGCACUGGAACUACCAAGACCUCCAGCGUCACCUCUCUGACAGCGACCACCACCUCGAAGACCGAAACGAAGACCUCCAGCGUCACCUCUCUGACAGCGACCACCACCUCGAAGACCGAAACGAAGGUCCUUUCAGUGGUGGCAUUGAUGUCUGCAGUGGAGCUGCGGCUUGACUUUCGGGCAUCAGACUGGCCGUUGCCUCUCGAAACGGAGUCCAUCGUGGAGUGUGCCGAGCUCUUUGACUCGGAUCUAGUGUUGAAGUUGGGGCUCCUAGCCGAGUGCCGUUGGUCCGCGCAGCUUUUGCUGGUUCAACUGGGCCCGCGUGCCACCCUGCUGGUGGGCGACCCCAUCGCCGUCACCUUGCCCGGCGGACCCGAAUUUCUCCGUGCCACCGUGGCCCGGGACCCGAUGGCGCCGCUCGUGCUUGUGCGGGCGGCCUUGGCAGCGCCGGAGGCAGCACUGCCCUGUGCACGGCUACGGUUCAGUACCGAUUUGUCCAGUGGGGAUGCUGGGCGCGUGAUGUUGGUGACCUGGACGCUGGGCAAUGCCAGUGGCUUGGACACGGCCGCACGGGAGGCCAUCGAGAGUCGGCUCAGACGAGCGACGCUGGCGUCGGAGUCAGCACUGGAUUUGGAUCCACUGGCGGAGGAGGGCUCUUCGCUCGAAGUGAAUGUGUCCUUUCAGAUCAUCGUGCGGCUCACCAAUUGGCAGGGCUCCAGCGAUACCGCACAGGCCUACGUACACGUCUCCUCUACCAAUUUGGCGCCGCAGAUGGUUCCAGCGACCCUGCCAGAGGUCGAGAUCGACGCACAGGAGGAGGUGGAGCUGAAGGUGACCUUCCAAGCGAGCUCCUGUGGUGGUGGCGGCCAGGUGCAGAUCCAAUGGGCUUACAGGCUACAUGUUCCGUUGGCUUCCUGGCAAAGCCUGGAGUCCGCGCGUCUGGUCGAUAGCAACCCUAGCCCUGCGGCGGUGCGGCUGGAGGCCAUGAGCCUCGUCCCAGGGCUGCAGCACCAGUUCCGAGUGCAGGCGGCCUUUGAGGGCUCGGGCCUUGAUCUCCCGGCGCUCCGCUCAGAGCAAAUCUUCACAGUGAGCAUUCGGCCCAUGCCUAGGCCCACGGUCGUGAUCCUGGGCCCAGCAGUCGUUUCGGCCCGCUGUGCUUUUGAGCUCACCAGCGCUUCGUACGCGUCCGGCCACGCCGAGCUCCAGCAGCUCUGGAGCUGCCGAGACCUCGCCGCGGACCUUCCCUGCGACCUGGGCACCCGCGCCAGCGCUGCGAGUCUGGCCGUGCCAGCGGAGGCCUUGUCUGUUGGCCUCUACAAUUUCAGCUUAAGGGUCUGGCGGUCGCUGUCGGACAUGCAAAGCAGCUCGAGUGGUGGCUUCGGAAGCUGGUUGGUUCAAGUGGAAGAGGCUCACAGGCCUGUGAUGGUUCUUGAGCUCUCGUGGGUGGAGGGGCAACGUCUCUCCAUCGCACCAAACAGUGCAGCCGUCCUCGCUGAGGGCCGGGUGGAGCAACAGGGAGCAUGUAGAGCAUCGGAUGAUAUCGCCUGGCAAUGGGUGCUGGUGCGAGGGGAUUUGAUUCUGGCCUCUUUAGCCACUCAAGUGACCUCCUUGGACACCUCGCUCAGCAUCACGACGGCUGACUUCCCCACAGAGCUUUUGGAAAGGGGACUCUCCUACUCCUACGUGCUACUGGGAAGGCCGCAAAGCUCAUCACUGCCCACCAGCGGUGACACAUUGAACCAGACAAUGGCAGAUCUGCUACUGGCGCGCUCACCCAGCUUUGUCGCCGACGGUGCGCCGCGGCAGGGCAGAGUGGAGCUGCGACCAGUACAGGGGGAAGCGGUAACCACUGCCUUUGAGAUCCUGACACACUCCUGGCAAGAUGAGGAGGUGGAUCGUUUGGUGUACAAGUUCUACGCCUUUCCGAAAGCCUCUCUGGAGAAGGUUGGGCUCGAGACGAUCAACUGGGCCAACCCCGAGAGUGCACGCUACUUCCGGAAGCAGGGUGGCAAAAUGCUGCGAGGGUGGGCGGCGGACGCCGAGUCCUUCGACCAGCGCUUCUCCCCCGGCGAGUACGUGCUCGUCUGCCGGGCGCGGGAUCACUUGGGAGCCAAGGGCAUCGCUGUGAGCAGCAACUUCACGGUCACGGCGGCGACGCUGACCACUGAGCAGAGGGCGGAGGUCUUGGAGGCCUCACUCUCCACAGCCGAUGGGCAACAGAUCCUCAGCACGGUCAGCGCCCUGGUGGCCACCGAGUCCGGCUCCGACGUCGACGCCUUCGGCAGCGCAGCUGGGAGCAGCUUGAAGUUGGUCUCCGCCUUACAGGUGGCCGCUCAGAACUUGGACCCCACUCCCGAAGUCCUCGAGGAGAUGGCGGUGGUCGCCACCAGCGUCGUCGACGCCGGACGGACCACGUCGGCGGGCGCGGGCGCGGUGGGCGCGGUGGGCGCGGGGGGCGAUGCGACCCUGUUGGAGACGGCCAUUUUGCUGGACAGUUGCAUCGAUCUCACACGACAGACGGAGACGGGCGCUGGACGGCAAGUGGCCACCGCCAUGCUCGGUGCCAUCAAUGCCAUCAAUGAAGCCUCCCAGACGAGCAACGAGACCAGACUUCCCGGCAAGGUCGCUGAGCUGGUGACGGACCUGGGCGCUGCCAUGCUCAGCUCCUUGGACACCGCCUCCUGGGAGCAGGUCGAAGGGCCCAACGUCACCUUGUGUGUGGCGACCUCGGCCUCCAACGAGGUCUUCGACAACCUCUCCAUCGACCUCAGUGACAGCAACGGCAGCCGGAGGCUGCAGGUGCUGGAUGGAGUGAAGGGCGCGAUGGCGGCCAUGUACCGGAACCCCUCGGCGCACCCCUUUACCUGGGCAGACUAUCGGGAUCCUUUGGCCUGGUCUGGUUCUGCCGUGAAGGUCCUGGAGUUUCAGGGCUACAGCGGACUGGCCACCGUCAGGGUGGCCUUUCCCUGGGCGCCCGUCGAAGGGAUGAACUCCUUGUGCGUGCUGCUGGAUGAGGGCAGCUGGAGCUCCACGAAGGGCUCCUUAAGCACCUCCAUCUUCAACGAUAAGGUGGUCUGCGACUUCACGUCCGACUUGCAAGGCCGCGAGGUCCUCACGGUGGCGCUCCAAGCCACCGUCAAUCGGCUGAACUGGUUCGUUUGGAUGUCGAUGUUGGCCUUCACUGUUCUGAUCCAGUUCCUCCUGCCAUGCCUCUUCGGCACCUACAAGUUCGAGACCAGAGAGAGGUACCGGAACCGGCAGUCGCUGAAGGAGGAGGAACGGAGGGAAGCCUGGCCAGAUGAGAGCCCCAGGCCGCCCAUCACGGCGCUGGAGCCCCGUUCCGCCGUUCUCGAGCCCGGCGCGGAACGCCGCGGAACGCCGCGGAACGCCGCUGAGAGCGAAGGCGAACAGACGGUCGAUCUCGAGGAGCCGGUGCCCACGGAGCUGCGAGCGGAGCUGCCAGCGAAAGAGGGGGCUCCUUGGGUGUUUCCACCCGAGAUUGGACCUGCGGAGCUGCCGAGAGCGGAAGCGGAGCCGGUGGAGAUGGUGGAGUCGGUGGGGACGACGUGA